AUGAAAUUUCCUUCCCCAAGCAGUGAGGACGAUUGCACAAAUUAUCCAAGUGCAAUGGAGGUUGAUAAACCUGCUACCAAGGUAAAGGGUAAAUUGAAGGUUGAUGAGGCAACGAAGAUUGAAUCAGACAGUCAAUCAGAAAGAUCAGCAGGGUUAGCUAAGCCUCUUGGGAAAGGCUUUUUGCAGAGAUUUCUGUUAAACUUAUGUGCACAUAGCUGUACAAGGGCAAUUCUAGUUCGCCUUCUGCUUGACAUGAUUGGGCCAGAGACUGAAGGCCCAGUUGGCAGAUUGUUGACAGUUAACUCCCAGAGGCUAUAUGGUUGUCAGUCCAAUGUUGUAUAUGGUCAAUCUCAGUUGUUGGACGGUCUGCCUCCUCUGGUGCUGCGUCGUAUUCUUGAGAUUUUGACUUAUCUGGCCGCCAAUCAUUCUGCUUUUGCCAAUAUCUUGUUUACUUUGAUCANUCGAAUCCCUGAAAAUAAAACCCAUGAUGGCCCAGCUAAGUGUUCUAAAGGCCACAAAAGAAUUCCUGCAAGUCUUACUAUGGUAAUUGAUCAUCUUCUUGAAAUUGUAAUGAAAUUUCCUUCCCCAAGCAGUGAGGACGAUUGCACAAAUUAUCCAAGUGCAAUGGAGGUUGAUAAACCUGCUACCAAGGUAAAGGGUAAAUUGAAGGUUGAUGAGGCAACGAAGAUUGAAUCAGACAGUCAAUCAGAAAGAUCAGCAGGGUUAGCUAAGGUGACUUUUGUCCUCAAGUUAUUGAGUGAUAUUCUCUUGAUGUAUGUGCUUGCAGUUGGGGUUAUACUGAGACAGGAUUUGGAAACGGGUCCACCCCGGGGAUCUAAUCAACCAGAUAGUCCAGGACAUGGUGGGAUAGUGCAUCAUGUUCUACAUCGACUUCUUUCUCUGUCUAUAGAUAAAACUGUUGGACCUGAUGAAUGGAGAGACAAGUUAUCUGAAAAAGCUUUGUGGUUUCUUGUGGUUUUGUGUUCUAUCAGCAUUGCCCUCUCCAUUACUUUCUGA